CGAUUUGGAUCAUGUAAACACUGAGCUAACAUCACAGCUAGCACGCCACCGUUACAUAAAAUUAUUUUCUGAUGGAUUAUUUAAUUAGAUAGCUAAAGUUUAGGGGAAACCACGAUAUGUGUCUUGUUAAGCCACCGAGUUAACCAGGCUUUCAAGUGAACACGUUACCUAGCAAAUCAAAGAUUGCUGAGUACAGUAGUAGCUACCACUCAGUCAAGCUAGUUUGCUAGCUAACCUUUCUGGCUAGGUUUGUAGCUUGUUAGCUAAUGAAAGCUAUGUCUAUGCAAGGAGAAACCGCCACUGCAAUAAGAAUAUCGGACAGUGAAGGAAAGCUGGAUGUCUUUCCCCAGAGAGCAACGCCUGGUAGUUCUGCGAGGGGAAGUUCGAAAUGUUGGCAGUACAGUGAUCACAUGGAAAAUAUUGACGGUUACCUGAUGAAGUACACCAACCUGGUAACCGGAUGGCAAUAUAGGUUCUUUGUUCUCAACAAUGAGGCGGGUUUGUUGGAGUACUUUGUCAAUGAGCAGUCCAGGCCCCAGAAACCUCGGGGGACCCUCCAUUUGGCAGGAGCGGUCAUAUCCCCAAGUGAUGAAGACUCGCACACUUUCACGGUCAAUGCAAUCAGUGGGGAACAAUACAAGCUGAGAGCGGCAGACGCCAAGGAGAGGCAGCACUGGGUGAGCCGGCUGCAGAUCUGCACGCAGCACCACACCGAGGCCAUGGGGAAGACUAACCCGCCAACAAAGUCCCGCAGCUACUCCAUGGCCUCGCAGGGAAGCGCCAGUUCUCCGCUGUCUCAGCGCCGGCCCAGCCAGAACCAGAACGCUGCGUCCUUCUUCAGCCUGAAUCAGCUUAACAAAGGCUCCUCGCUGUACUCCUCCAGGAGGUCCCUGCUGCCCGAUCAUCUGCUGGACGCCCGAGAGAUGAUGACCAAGGCCCAGGACCAGCACCGGGACCUGAUCCAGACCAUCGAGGGCCUGCCCCCGGCCGUGGAUUCCCUCUCCCCGCUUGACCAGGACCUGCUGAUGCUCAAGGCCACCUCCAUGGCAACCAUGAACUGCCUCAAUGACUGUCUUCACAUCCUGCAGCUUCAGCAGGUGGCCCGUCAGAGGAGCUCCCUGGGAGGGCCCACCAUAGAGUGGCUGGAGCCCAAGCUGCCAGACCUCCUGAAGAACGGGGGGCCCCGGGGUGGCUUUAGCACCGGCCGGGAAGGAGGACCCUCGGAGAGCAGCCUCCUGGAACUCAGUGCCACGGAGACCAACAGCUUCUCUGGGGAGGAAGAGGAGGAGGAGAUUGACGCUGAGGAGGAGGUGGAGGACGCGUUUACCGACACAGAGGAGGAGCUGGGGGCGGUGGAGGAAGAGCGCAGUGUCAUCCUACACCUUCUGUCACAGCUCAAGCUGGGCAUGGACCUCACGCGGGUGGUGCUGCCCACCUUCAUCCUGGAGAAGCGAUCCUUACUGGAGAUGUAUGCCGACUUCAUGUCCCACCCGGACCUCUUCGUGUCCAUUACGGACGGCGCGGGGCCGGAGGAGCGCAUGGUGCGCUUCGUGGAGUAUUACCUCACCUCGUUCCACGAGGGCCGCAAAGGUGCCAUCGCCAAAAAGCCCUACAACCCAAUCAUCGGCGAGACGUUCCACUGCUCCUGGAGGGUGCCCAGGUCUGGGUCCAGGGAACACGCCAGGGAUGCCCCCUCGCACCCCUCCCCUCCUCAGGGAAGCCCCCAUGCCGAGGAGGCGGACGGCGACUACCGGCUGCGCUUCGUGGCCGAGCAGGUGUCGCACCACCCGCCCGUGUCAGGCUUCUACGCCGAGUGUCCCGAGAGGCGGAUGUGUGUCAACACACACGUUUGGACCAAGAGCAAGUUCAUGGGCAUGUCCAUCGGAGUGUCCAUGGCCGGGGAAGGGUGUCUGUACCUGCUGGAGCAUGAUGAAGAGUACACCUUCACCCUACCGUGCGCCUACGCCCGCUCCAUCCUCACCGUGCCCUGGGUGGAGCUGGGGGGGAAGGUCAACGUCAACUGCACUAAGUCGGGCUACUCUGCCGUCAUCACCUUCCAGACCAAGCCUUUUUAUGGAGGAAAGCUACAUAAAGUGACGGCCGAGGUGAAGAACAACGCCACCAACGCCGUGGUGUGCCGAGUGCAGGGUGAGUGGAACGGUGCGCUGGAGUUCAGCUACCAGAACGGCGACACGCGUGUGGUGGACGUCACCGAACUGCCCGUCACCAAGAAGCGGGUCCGCCCGAACGACAAGCAAGGACCGACAGAAUCAAGACGCCUGUGGCAGCACGUGACCGAGUCCCUGCGCCAGAAGGACAUCGAGAAGGCCACGGAACACAAGAGGAUCCUGGAGGAGAGACAGAGGACUGAGGAGAGACACCGUGCCGAGACAGAGACCCCGUGGAGGACCAGAUACUUUAAGAGUGAGGGUGAAGGCUGGAUGUAUCAUAAACCACUGUGGAAAACACCCGCUCUGAAGUCUUAGUGCGACGGUCUGCAAGGUUUGUCAUCCACACCGGCUGAAGCCACGAGACGAGCGCUCUCUUUUGGGGUUUGUGUGUGUGUGUGUGUGUGUGUGUGUGUGUGUGUGUGUGUGUGUGUUCAGGGUGUUGGGUGGUUUCCAAAGAGGUCGAAGCCAAGCACGACCUCCACAUACACACAUAAGGAUUCAUAGGAGGAAGACGAUGUGAUGGCAGGCUGUUUGUUUCAUCUUUCAGACACACUGUAGAGCAAAAACAGGCUUUUGUACUGAUGAUCACUUUUUUGUAUAUUCCACUCAGAAUGAGGAUAUGCCUCUUCUUGUACAGGUCAAAGGUAUUCUAUUUACACCGCCUUAAAUAUUAUAUGGCAUAAGAUCCCGCUCUUCUUUUGGAUUUUGUUUAAAGGGUUCAAAAAUCUGGCUGGUGUGGUUUGUUUUACUGCGAUGCUAUACAUAAGACCUACAAUAAAAAUGCCUAUUUCAGAGUCAAAGAGCAUUGUUGUUGAAAGGUGAGAACUGGAUAACUGAUUGUUUUCAAGGCUUGGGUCAUGAUCAUUAGAUUUGAGCAUGUGACAGUGUUUUAUAACAUUGCAACAGAAAACAAAAUGUUUCUUAUUAGACAAGUACACUCAGUACAUUGUUGUUUCAGUGAAUGAUCUUCUAUUUGGUGUCUAAUGGUUAUGACCGUGGUCUUAUUAGAAACACACAACCUGUCACUGCAGUGAAUGUUUAUAUUUAGGCUCAACGUCACUAUAAAUCAAUGUUUUUAUUAGGGACAGUGUUCCUGUAUUCAUUUUAGUAGUUAAAGGAUGACAUUACUUUCUUUCGUUUUGCACAGAGAUCUCUGUAUUUGGAUGAUGUACGAGCCUAGUUUGGCAUGAGACAUUCACUUUUUUUCAGGCAAACCCAAUUUUAAUGCAUUUAUUCAUGUGAGCGCUUUGAUGAAACAAUCAUUGUUUUCUCCUUCCCAAAGGUCACUGCCUUCCUUCAAUGCUUGAGUAAUUUUGAAGAUGCAAUGAAACAGUGUUAUAUGCAUGAACAAGGCCUUUCUUCAUCUACUGCAAAGUGUUAAACUUUAACUGUGUGCAGUACAGACAUUUUGUAAUUGGGCGUUUAACCAAAUGAGUUUCUCAUGUAGCAAAUGUUUUACUUGUUGUCCUGGUUAACCAUAUCUGUAACUGGUUUGAGCAUUUGCUAUUUUUUGGGCCAAAUUCACCUUAACCAUUGAAUAUUGAGUGAGUGCCCUCGAUCAUUUCUGUCCCUUUACAAAAGCUACAGUUCUAAAAAAAAAAGUUGAGUCUGUCGUCCAAACCAUUGCAGCCUGUGUUUCUCCACGGAGGAUCCCGUCCCAUUUGAUAGGCAGAAUUCUGAGAGAAGAGUUGUUUUAAGCAUGGAAUAUGUGAUUCUUCAACUCUGCAUCGAUAAGCUACACUCCAUGUCGUGGUGCCUUAAGCAAUCUCUUCCUGCGUGUGUCUUCCAGUCCCAAGAGCAUAACAUCGCCCCUCUCCGCCGUCUGAACUUCCUGUUUCCCACCUGCCCGUGAACUCCGAAUGGCGCAAUAGUAGAAAUCGUAUAUGUGUAAAUUAUAUUUUUGUGUAUUUGUUGCAUUGUUUCCUGUUGAAGAAGGUCUAAGCGCUCGUAUGAGUGUGUUUGAGUGUGUAUGUGUGUGUGAGCUACCGUGGGGCAGUGGAGAGUGCAGUAGCCCAAACCCCCAGACUGUUUUGCACACGUUGGCUUGGUGGUUUGGACCCUCUGUCAUAUGGACCUAUAAAAUGCACUGAGAUUGAAGGAGACGUGAGACUCCUCAUAGGCUUAAAUGAUUUCAUGUGUGAUAAUGAAUGAUUAAAUAAAUUACCUAUCCGCUA